AUGGCUGUGGGCAAUUACACCUUCGUGACAGAGUUCUUCCUUAUUGCAUUCACUGAUCAUCCAGAGUGGGGACUUCCUCUCUUCCUGGUCUUUUUGAGUUUCUAUCUCGUUACCCUGCUGGGGAAUGCAGGAAUGAUUCUCCUGAUCUGCAAAGAUCGCCGCCUACACACCCCGAUGUACUUCUUCCUCAGCCACCUCUCCUUUGUGGACAUCUGCUAUUCCUCUGUCAUCGUCCCUCAGAUGCUGGUGGUGUUGCUGGAACACGGGGCUGUCAUCUCUCAAGUUCGCUGCGCAGUUCAGUUCUUCCUCUUCACUUUCUGUGCCUCCAUUGACUGCUACCUCUUGGCCAUCAUGGCCUAUGAUCGCUAUGUGGCCGUGUGCCAACCCCUGCUUUAUGUCACCAUCAUGACCGAGAAGGACCGCUUAGGCUUAGUGACUGGUGCCUAUGUGGCUGGUUUCACCAGUGCUUUUAUUCGGACAGUCACAGCCUUCACGCUCACAUUUUGUGGAAGCAAUGAGAUCAACUUUAUCUUCUGUGACCUGCCGCCUCUGUUAAAGAUCACGUGUGGGGAAAGUUACACUCAGGAAGUAGUCAUUAUUGUGUUUGCCCUUUUUGUCAUGCCUGCUUGCAUAGUGGUCAUCUUGGUGUCGUACCUGUUCAUCAUUGUGGCCAUCAUGCAGAUCCGUUCAGCUGGGGGCCGGGCCAAGACUUUCUCUACCUGUGCCUCCCACCUCACGGCUGUUGCUCUCUUCUUUGGCACGCUCAUCUUUAUGUACCUGCGAGAUAACUCAGGGGAAUCUUCAGAGGGAGACCGAGUGGUGUCGGUGCUGUAUACGGUGAUAACCCCUAUGCUGAACCCCCUCAUCUAUAGUCUAAGGAACAAAGAGGUAAAGGAGGCCGUUAUAAAAGCCCUAAAAAGGUCAAACGUUGCUCGUAGGCCCUAG